AAAAAAUGGCCGACAUUUUUUUAUAGUUUUAUAGCCGAUUUAUAAGAACGCCAUCGCAUUUAAAUGAAAGCGUGUUUCUGUUAUUUAUCAAAUCGUAUCGAUUAAUGAAAAAGCACCUUUUAAGUGACUUUCCAUAAGAAAAUCUAAACAAUAGAUUUACAUAUAUAUAAUAUAUUGGAGUAUAUUCGCAAAGUGUCCAUACAAAAAUGGCUUCUGCCAAAGUUGAUUGGGGGAAAUUUGCUGAGGAACAAGAUGAAUUAGCUUCUAAGGUAACAGAUAUUAAUCUAGAUCAAAAGUCAAAAGAAACAUUAACGAGUUCGAACGAGGAUUCUAAGAGCGACGAUGGUGCAGACGAACAGAUUUCACCGGCAGAAAAGUCUUUAUUACAAAAAAUUAUACGAAAAGGAUUGGUGGAAACGACUAAAGGUAUAGAGGUGCAGAGGAAGGAUCCGUCAUCUCCAUUAUAUAGCGUUAAAUCUUUUGAAGCGCUUAGUCUUAAACCUGCAUUAUUGAAAGGAGUUUAUGCGAUGGGUUUUAAUGCACCAUCAAAGAUUCAAGAAACAGCGCUACCAGCUUUGCUUGCCGAUCCGCCUCAUAAUAUGAUUGCACAAUCCCAAUCUGGAACUGGCAAAACUGCGGCAUUUGUACUAGCUAUGUUAAGUAGAGUAGAUACAACUAAGGAUUAUCCGCAAGUGCUUGCUUUAUCGCCAACAUAUGAAUUAGCAAUACAAACUGGAGAAGUUGCUGCUAAAAUGUCUCGUUUUUGUCCUGAAAUUAAGUUGAAAUAUGCCGUUAGAGGGGAAGAAAUUCCUCGUGGCACAAAAAUCACAGAUCACAUCAUUAUUGGUACACCAGGAAAAGUUUUAGAUUGGGCAGUGAAAUUUAAAGCCUUUAAUUUAAGCAAAAUCUCAGUUUUUGUUCUGGAUGAAGCUGAUGUAAUGAUAGCAACACAAGGCCAUCAAGACCAAUGUAUUCGUAUUCACAAAUUACUUCCACGCACAUGCCAGAUGAUGUUUUUUUCAGCAACAUAUGAGAGUGCAGUAAUGUCGUUUGCUGAAAUCAUAGUUAGCAAUCCUCUUAUAAUAAGAUUGAUGAAAGAAGAAGAAAGUUUAGAUAAUAUUAAACAAUAUUACGUUAAAUGCAAAGACAAAGAUGGCAAAUAUGCAGCUAUUACGAAUAUUUAUGGUGUUAUAACUAUUGGUCAAGCUAUUAUUUUUUGUCACACCAAAAAAACAGCUAGUUGGUUAGCAGAAAAAAUGACAAAAGAUGGUCAUGCAGUAGCUUUAUUAACAGGAGAAUUAACCGUAGAACAAAGAAUUUCUGUAUUGGAUAGAUUUAGAGCUGGCCUGGAAAAAGUUCUUAUUACAACGAACGUAUUAGCAAGAGGUAUCGACGUGGAGCAAGUAACUAUAGUUGUGAAUUUUGAUCUACCAAUGGAUCAAGAUCGUCAAGCUGAUUGUGAAACAUAUUUACAUAGAAUUGGUAGAACGGGGCGUUUCGGAAAAUCUGGAAUCGCUAUUAAUUUAAUAGACUCAUCCCACGCAAUGCAGUUAUGCAACGACAUAGAAAAACAUUUUGGAAAGAAGAUACAUUACCUCGAUGCAGAUGAUGCGGAUGAAAUAGAAAAGAUUGGUGCUUAAAUCAUUUGAUAUACCGAGUGCCUAGAUGUACGAUUCUCCAUCAGAUAUUUCUAGGUCCAAAUGAAGUAUUGAAGAAAUUUUAUUAAUAUCAUAUAUUUCUUUUCCAAUGGCCCAUACUUCUUUUUUUAGACGCCUGUUUUUCACUGUUCUUAAUGUAUCUUUUAUUAAAACAUAUAUUAAUUAAUGAUAUGGCAAUUGGAUAAGAAAUAUAAAGAAAUAAAAUUGCAACAUGUAAUGUAAUGACAAUGGUGUACUUCCUAUAGAAAGGCACAAGAUAUUUUUAUAUGUUGUAACACAAAAUGUUCUUAUCCAGUAAUAAUAGAUUGAUAUAAUUUCAUUUAUUUUCCUCGACUUUGUAUAUAUUUAAAAUACAGAAUUUUUACUUUUCCAUGCCCAUGUAAAAAUAAAAUUACACAAGAUAACUAAUUUGUACGCGUUACGAUAUAUUAAAAAUCAUAUAAUUACGUACAAGUACCUAAUAAAAUUUACUUCAUACUUGUAUGACAGCAUUACAAAUCAUGGCAUGUACAAUGAAUGAAAUGAAUUUACUCUCUAAGUAUUACACGUAAGACAACUUUUUUAUAGUAUAUAAACAACAGGAUUUAUUGAGGAAACAUGUAAAAUAAUUUUGUAUUUAUUGAAAUUACAAAAGUGAAAAUAAACUAUGAUAUUGAAAAAGAUAAAAAAAAAGAAA